UGACCGCGGUCAGUUGAACGGCUUCGUUGCUGGAUAACGGUCAGCAGCGGCAACACCGGUGGCGACGCAUGGCGGCUGCUUUAGAGGAUAGAACGCGAGUCCUGCUGGUUGCUCUGUGGGUGACCCUCGCAGUGGUUCCCGCGCACCAGUCCUUCGGUGGUGCGAUCGACCACAGUCGACAUGCACAUCACCAGAACACGAGGGGAGGCACGCGGAAGCAGUCCGGCAGCGGCAAGGAGUUCCUCCGCGAGGGCGACCAGAGGCCCGGCGUACCGUCCAACCCAUUCUCAGCGCCCAUGCUGAACUCCAACUCGCCGCUGUUGGCCACUACCUACUACUACAAUCCUCACCGGCAGGGGUCGGGUUCAUCGUCCUCCUCUUCAUCCGGGUCCCACCGCCACCACGACCUGCUGCUCAAGGAAGGCGGUGACCAGGAGACCUGCCGUGCGGCGGACGGCCGCGAUGGAACCUGCUACGACGCCGUCCAGUGCCUGAACCGCGGCGGCACGCCCAUGGGCCGCUGCGAGGACGGAGUCUGCUGCGUUUUCGAGGUGUCAUGCGGCGAGGCGAGCUCGGAGCGGACGGCCUACGUUCGCAAUCCGGGCUACCCUGGUACGCACAACCGCGAAGCCAUGUGCAAGGUCCGAGUGUCGAAGCGGGACGCCGACGUGUGCCAGUUCCGCCUGGACUUCCUCACGCUGGACCUGGCGAGGCCCGUGGACGGGAACUGUUCGCAGGACAUGCUCGUUGUCUCCGGCCAGAACGAGAACAACCAGGUGCCACGCAUAUGCGGUCUAAACACCGGACAACAUGCCUAUGUUGAUGUUGAAGAAUCAGGAGGCAUCAGUUUGAACCUCAUGAUGGUUGGCAGCUACUCGAGAAAAUUCGACAUCAAAGUCACUCAACUGGAAUGCGAAGGCCCUCAGUCAGCACCCUCUCACUGUCUGCAAUACUUCUGGGGCACCCACGGCACGGUGAAGAGCUUCAACUACGACGAGGCCGGCGGAAGCGUUCACCACCAGGGCUACCCCAACGACCUGGACUACGUCGUGUGCCUGCGCAAGGAGCCCGGGUUCUGCUCCGUUACCUACGAGGUGGCCCCGGAUGAAGAGCUCGGGGCAUCGCCAUUCGGGGUGGGCGCCAUACCGUCGCAGAGGGAAAGUGUGCAGUUCACCUCCUCGCCAAUCAUGGCAGAGUGCCCGGAUGAUUACAUCAUAAUCGGGGGCGUGCGCAUGUGCUCCACGGGCCACGAGACCGAGAUCGAGCAGCGACACACCAGGGACCUCAACGCCACGGGCCUAACGCUCAUAACAGAUGGUACGCCCGGUCCGUUCCUGAUGCGCUUCGUCUCAAACCAUGUGAACAACGCCCGCGGAUUCAAGCUCCACUACCGCCAGAACCCCUGCAAGUGACACCCACGCCCUGGUCUCUGCAAGGUUUACUGUAUCUUCGGCCAUCUCUUUCCUUCU